AUGUCCACGGGCUCGGCUCGCAUCCAUAAGCGGGCUUAUCAGGCUUGUAUCCCGUGUCGUGAACGCAGAGUCCGUUGUGAUUUGGGAUCUGUCGAUUCUCCCCAUGAGGGCCCAUGUGGAAGAUGUCGUCGGGAACGCAAAUUCUGCCAUUUCUCUGCUACCAGGGGGAAGAAGAAGGCAGUCGCAACAGCAGCCACAACGAUGACAGCCGCUGCGGGAACCUCUCGACAAUCUACCCAACAGCCAGAAGAGGGUUACUUGCCACCAGGGGAGCGAGCCCCCAUUUUCGAUAGUCCAAUCAACAGCCCCCAUGGUAGCAAAGUCAAUGAUUUCCAUCAUACUCCCCAUUCUCUUACAUCCCGUAGUGAGAUUGGUAGUCAGAUAAAGGCACCUCCAGAUAUCUUACGGCAGAUGUCAUCCAGUGAUUCUCGACCGCAAGCAAGCUCGUCAGGUGGUGAGAAAGCGGUAGCUACCCUGCUCCGGGAUGCUGCCUACACAUCCCACGACGCUCUCAACCUGCUGUGGGAAGCGGGCAGACAUAGCGAAAGAGAACGAGCAAUUAUUGCACCUGGCACUACAGCAUCUGCUCGGCCCUCCACCGCGACGAGUGGUCCUGGCGGGCCAUCGGUUGCAACAAGUAACCACAGUUCCGGCACCGGUGAUCCCCGCCAGCCAUGGUCGAACCUUCGCUUCGUGCGCACUGGUCUGUUCACUGCAGAGGAGGCGAUGGAACUUGUGAAUUAUUUCCAUGCUUACCUUGCUCCGUUUACACCUAUUUCAUCCUCGCCUUUCCAAGAUCCUUCCACGCAUCCAGUUUUGCUGGAAGAGGAACCCAUUCUUGCGGUCACAAUUCUGAUGCUUGCCUCUCGAUACAUGAAGUUCUCGGGGCCUGGUUCAAUUUCUAGGUCUUAUAUGAUCCAUGAACGCCUGUGGCAGCAUCUACAAGGCAUGAUUUCUCGAAUGAUAUUUGGACAGGAGCAAUUCGCCGGAGCCACAAAUGAUAACGGCGCUUCCGCGGAAUUUUCGGGACAAACUUCCGAAUUCGCUCUUUCUGGUUCGAAUUUCGGAAGUCUACGUACUUUGGGAACCUGUGAAGCUUUGCUUCUGCUCUCUGAGUGGCACCCUCGCUCCCUUAAUGUUCCCGCUGGCGAUGAUGGAGACAGCAUUGUAGUCAAGGAUGAUGUCCGGCGGACACGGGCAAAUAGAGCAGGGAUUGGGGCCCGGAUUAGAAUUGAUUGGCUUGAUCCGGUUUGGAGAUCGGACCGAAUGUGCUGGUCUAUGCUCGGGAAUGCGUUGGCUUUAGCGGUCGAACUUGGCAUUUUUGAUGAAUAUGACAAUACAACAAUAGGAGCUCGGGAGUCCCGUCGGGAUAUAUGGAACAAUCCGUCCUCCAGCCAACGUGCAUAUCGUGUGCAGCACCUGCUUUGGGUGUAUCUCACUCAGACCUCGGGACGACUAGGCUGGAAAAAUUUGACGUCAGUUUCUGUAACUCCCCAUGAAGCAAGUCGCAAACAUGGAGAUACCAUCAGAUGUUGGAUUGGAGUUGCCUCCCUCAUGAAACGAGGUAACGAGCUUUUGUUUACGUCAAGGGAGAAGACCAAGGAGAUUGUCCGGAGUGGUGAAUAUCUUGGGAUUCUUCGCGUGCUCAACCCUUUGCUCAGAGAAUGGCAAAUAGAGUUCGAUAGGGCAAAGUUAUCCAAACCGAUGAGAGCAAUUCUCUCGAUAGAAUAUGGAUAUGUUCGAGUCUACAUCAACAGUGUAGCUCUCCAGGCAAUGGUUGAGCAGCAUGAGCGAGGCGCGGGUGAUGGAACAGGCAUGCGGGUUUCAUCGGUACUAAACACCUACGACGGAAAUAAAGAAUACUUUAUGGAAGUGGUUUCUGCUGCGAGAGCAAUUUUGCAGGUAGUCGUGAAAGACCUUGUACCCGGUGGCCACUUAAAACAUGUCCCGAUACGAACAUAUUCAAGAAUAUUGGCAGGAGCUAUGUUUUGUCUGAAGGCUUUUGCCCUUGGGGACAAGGAUGAGGAAACAGUGGUCUCGUUAGCACUAGUCGAGCGUACUGCAGAGGCUCUCUGCACAUGCGUAGUCGAUGACGUCCAUUUAAGCAACCGUUUUGGUGAACUCCUCACGGCCUUAGCAUCCAGUCUUCGGAACCGUGUAAUGCGAGCUACGGUGAAUAAUUCCUCCCAAAGCGGAAAUAUUACACCUAGUAACUUGCCAUCGCAACGACAUCACUUCCAGAAUGGAGCAACACCAGAUAUUCCUACGACCGGCGCCAACAACAACUCAUAUGACCAAGCCGUUGAAUGUACGGGAGUGGAUCCAAUGGUGACAUCUAAAGUAGAGUAUAGUAUGCACUGCUCUUCAAGCAUAUAUGCAACAACGAGCGAACCAUCUGGUUAUCUGCAUGCGCACCCGCCUAAUGGAGUUGUUGAUCAUGGCUCUUUUCACCAGGACCCGCUAAUGAGUUUCGCCGGCCUAGGUACUAAUCAGCUGGGAUGGUCCGGCGGACAGGACUUCUUUGACAUGCUGGGCCCUUUGUUGGAUGUGCAAUAUGAACAGUAUCGCUAA